UCUGAAACACGAAAGUCAAUGUCUUUGUUGUUAAAUCUCCAGCCUGAGUAGAUUCAUGUGAAAUAUAAAGGAAACAAAAUGGUGAGAAGUGAUGAUGGAGAUAUUUUUAGAUGCCAGAUUGGAAAAGAGAAUGACGCUGUGUCAACCCUUGCGGAAGUAAUGAACCACACUGUUAUGAACCUUGGCUGCCCUAACAAUGAUGUACAAGUAAAGAACAAUGCUAUGAACUUUGGCCACCCUAACAACGAUGUACAAGUACAGAACAAUGCUAUGAACUUUGGCCGCCCUAACAACAAUGUACAAGAAGGGAACAACGAUGUUAUGAACUUUUUUCGCCCUAACAACAAUGUACAAGUACAGAACAAAAAUGCUGUGAACUUUGUCCACCUUAACAACGAUGUACAAGUACAGAGUAACAGUAUUAUGAACUUUGUCCGCCCUAACAACGAUGUACAAGUAGAAAAUAAAAAUGCUAUGAACUUCGGCCACCCUAACAACGAUGUACAAGUGAAGAAAAACAAUGACAUUAACUUUGGCCGCCCUAACAACGAUGUACAAGUACAUAACAACGAUGCUAUGAACUUUGGCCGCCCUAACAACGAUGUUCAAGUACAGAACAACACUGUUAUGAACUUUGGCCCCUCUAACAACGGUGUACAAGUACAGAACAACACUCUUAUGAUUUUUGGCGGCCUUAACAGUGAUAUAAAAGUACAGAACAAUGAUACGAACUCUGACGGCCCUAACAACGAUGUACAAGUACAGAACAACAACGGUAUGAACUUUGGCGGCGUUAACAAUAAUAUAAAAGUAGAGAACAAUGUUAUGAACCUUGACGGCCCUAACUAUAAUAUAAAAGUACAGAACAAUGUUAUGAACUUUGUCGGUCCUAACAACGAUAUACAAGUACAGAACAACAAUGGUGUGAACUUUGGCAGCCUUAACAAUAAUAUAAAAGUACAGAACAAUGUUAUGUACUUUGACUGCCCUGAAAACAAUAUGCAAUCACAGUACAAUGUUGAACACCCAGGAAGUUUGCCUGGACCAAACCCAAUCAAUAACGAGAAUAUGCAACCUAGUUUCCUGAUCCCAUCAUCUCCUGGAGCAAUUCAAACAACCUCUCCAAAAAGAGGACGAACCGUAUUCAGUUCCUCUCAACUAGCUGAGCUAGAAAGACAGUUCCUCUUCAAUAUGUACCUCAGUCGUCCAAGAAGGAUACAUAUCGCCCAGACUCUAGGUAUACAGGAAAAAAACGUAAAAAUCUGGUUCCAAAACAGAAGGACGAAGUACAAAAAGGAUAAAACGCAUUUGUUUCUAUCAGAAGAAAAUCAAACCUACGGUUCCACUCCAAGGAAGAAGUUUCAACGACUAAAAUCGGAAGAUUCGGAGAUUGUUGAGCGUCUGCUAACUCACUCUGUGCUUGGGCAGCAUAACCAGCAAUCGCAGAGUAUCGCAAACAUCGAUAACAAUUUUUACUAUGGACACUCGAUGGCACCAACAAAUCAGAGUUCCGGAUACCACAAUCCAUAUUACCCUGCUCAUAACCCAUAUUUUCCUCAAAUGAACCCCAGUUUUAAAAGAAAUUAUAUCCAAGUCGGUACCGGGGUACCAAGAGUACCAGGGGGUAUCAGAGGAACUUAUUCACCUCAUGUUGAAAUAAAACAACAAAAUAAUACCGAAUUCGUCACUGAAAAUCAUAUCAAUGAUGAAGUGAGUACAUUUCAAGAGAAUGUAUCAACCGGUGAUGUUCCCGCCGACUGGGACGGGAACAACGUAAAGCCAAAUGACGUUUAACACGACUGAUAAAUAUGUGUUUCUGUGAAUAAACUCUGGCAUUAGUAUAAGUAUAGUAGAUAGGUA